AACUGUGUUCUUCAUUUUUUUUCACUCAAGUUCUGUCGUUUAUCUGAUUAAAACGAAUUGUUGUGUAUUACUUUUCAAGAAAAGAACAAAAAAAUGGCUGGUCGUAAUCGUAAUGCACAAGAUGAAACCAUUGCGACCAUUGCGACUUUGGCGGCUGGAGCUGCUGUUGGAUACGGUUGUUACAAGGUGUUCAAAUCGAUUUUUAGUUCGGAAGAUACGCAACAAAAUCGCCCAAUAAGUUCUUCACAAUCACAACCAUCUAGAUCAUCAUCUUUUGGAUCAAUGCUGCAGUCAGCUGCCGUUGCAUAUCAUUCCGCUCAAAAUUCCGAUAAUUUAUCAAUACAGCCAAAUGAUGACGACGAUUAUGAGACGCAUCCACAAUUAGUGCCAUUUCAGAGAAAUUCUCCUUAUUCAUUCCCAAAAGAGUCGAAAAUUUAUGUGGUUAACACAAUCGAAGAGUGCCGAUACGCGAUGAGAGAGCUUAAAUCACAUUGUGAUCUGUAUAAUGUGCUUGGAUUUGAUUGUGAAUGGGUGAACAAAAGUCAAUGGGAAGGUGGCCGUCAAAAAGUUGCAUUAUUACAAUUUGCCACACACCGUGGACUCUGUGUUGUUAUCCGUUUGUGUAAAUUACGGUAUAUUCCAUCGGAAUUGAAGAACAUCUUGAUGGACCGUAACAUAAUAAAGGUUGGCAUUUCUCCAUCGAAUGAUGCACAGUACUUAUGUCAAGACUAUUUUGAGUGGGGAGAUGCACGUGAUCAUAUUGCUGGUACACUUGAUUUACGCUACGUUGCCAAUGUGGCAAAAUGCUAUGAUGGAAAUAUUUCAUUGGCCAAAAUGGCUAAUAGAUACUUGAAUGUUAUACUUGAUAAAGAUAUCAGUGUUCGCUGCUCGGAUUGGGAUGCAUCAAAUUUGGAUAACGCACAAAUCCAAUAUGCAGCAAAGGAUGCAAUCAUUGCGAUUGAAUUAUUCAAACAUUUUGCCGAGAUAAUUGAGCCAACUUCUUUGUUUGGCAGCAAUUUAUCGCGCUUGGAAACUAUUCUGAGGAAGUUUUCGACACUAUUUGAUCAGGAGUAUGAUGAAGAUUGGGAGUAUAAAUAAAUUGCAUGCAAUAAAAGAUAUUCGAAGCAGCAUCGCAUUAUAUACCUUUGACCACCGAAUGACGUUUCAAGAUUUUGAAAUUAAUUUAUUUUAUGAAAUGUUAGUCUCUAUCAUUUUUAAUUUAAAAAUUAAUCUCCUUGUAUUUUCAAUGUAAUAAUAUAUAUUGUAUUGAAUAAAUAAUCAUGUGCUUCUACUACCUUUGAUAUUUCAA